AUGGUGUUCGGUCAGCUGUAUGCCCUUUUCAUCUUCACGUUAUCAUGUUGUAUUUCCAAAACUGUGCAAGCAGAUUCAUCCAAGGAAAGCUCUUCCUUUAUUUCGUUCGACAAAGAGAGUAACUGGGAUACCAUCAGCACUAUAUCUUCAACGGCAGAUGUUAUAUCAUCCGUUGACAGUGCUAUCGCUGUUUUUGAAUUUGACAAUUUCUCAUUAUUGGACAACUUGAUGAUUGACGAAGAAUACCCAUUCUUCAAUAGAUUCUUUGCCAAUGAUGUCAGUUUAACUGUUCAUGACGAUUCGCCUUUGAACAUCUCUCAAUCAUUAUCUCCCAUUAUGGAACAAUUUACUGUGGAUGAAUUACCUGAAAGUGCCUCUGACUUACUAUAUGAAUACUCCUUAGAUGAUAAAAGCAUCGUUUUGUUCAAGUUUACCUCGGAUGCCUACGAUUUGAAAAAAUUAGAUGAAUUUAUUGAUUCUUGCUUAUCGUUUUUGGAAGAUAAAUCUGGCGACAAUUUGACUGUGGUUAUUAACUCUCUUGGUUGGGCUUUUGAAGAUGAAGAUGGUGACGAUGAAUAUGCAACAGAAGAGACUUUGAGCCAUCAUGAUAACAACAAGGGUAAAGAAGGCGACGAUGAUAUUUUAAGCUCCAUCUGGACUGAAGGACUACUAAUGUGUUUAAUAGUUUCUGCGUUGCUAUUGUUCAUUUUGAUUGUUGCACUUUCUUGGAUAUCUAAUUUGGAUAUCACAUAUGGUGCGUUGGAAAAAUCAACAAACCCAAUAAAAAAAAACAAUUAA